AUGUCUGCUGAGGGUUUAACUGUCAAUGUUGAUUCAUCUGGUUCCGAAGAAUUUGAACAAUUCAGCUAUUUGGAGUUCUUUCUCAACACAUACAACAUCAGGGUUGCUACUGAUGUGCCCGUCAUGCAUAAGAAUGCUAACACUGGUGUUCAUGUUCCUUACCUUGCAGAAAGCUCACAUGCAGGUCAUGCUCAAGUAUUACAUGCUCCAGGGCAUGAAACCAUGCCUCACAUUCCUGGACCAUGGUUUCCAUCUGCUGACAACUCUGAUUCAUGUCCCUUUUAUUGUGCAUCAAUGCUUGCCUUAUUAAAACCUUGGCAAGAUGUUUGGACAUUGAAGAAGACUGAAGAGACAUUUGAAUCUGCCUUUGCUUCUUUCAUCUCAGAUGCCCCACAGAUGGUGCAAACUAUUGUGGCUAAUAUUCAGUACUUUCAUGAAUGUGCUGAUCAAGCCAAGCGCUAUGCUGCAAUACACCCUGGGGAGCACCUUGAUGAUGAAGAGGAGGAAGGACCUCGACUUAGUGAUAACACCAACACCCUGGAUGAUCCAGUAAUCAGUGACAAUGACAUCUUGCAGACCUGCAAAGGAUCUCUCACUACUCAUGAGAUGGUUUAUGCAGAUGUGGCUAUGAAUAUCACUGAUGAACAUGACUUUUUUGGGGUUGGACGAUGUCCAGCUCCUCAUCAGCCUCUUGCCACAGUUGUUACAGAAGAUAAUUUACAGCAGUGUCUAGAGUGGCAACAUCUUAUUGCGGAAGUGGACUCUAUUGUCGAAGAACCUCAUGAUAUGGAAGCUAUAGCAGCUGGAGUCAAAACAGCACCUUUAUCUUUAUCCAUUCCUCCUUCUACAGAAUUGCAAGCUGUCACUGAACCAAACUCUGUGGAAGAGAUUACAAUGACACCCUUUGACCCUCCAAGUUAUUUGAAUGAAGAACAGGCUAUGGCAUUCACAAUAAUCGCAGACCAUCUUUGUCAACUUCUUAUUGGCAAUGAUCCACCCCAACUCCUCAUGGUCAUACAUGGUGAAGGUGGUACAGGGAAAACACAGUUAUUACAAGCUAUAACCCAGUUGUUCUCUGAUGUUGGGAGUGCUAAUCGCCUUGCUAAAACUGCAUUGUCUGGUGUUGCUGCCUGUCAAAUUGGAGGCAAAACUUUACACUCUUGGGGCACACUUCCAGCAGAGGAUCUUUGUGUUGAAGAUUCUCGGAUCAAUGCACUCGUAGAGGAGACAGCAAAACAUUUCAAGGAUAAACAACAGUCAACAAUCAAUUCUUCAUCUCGCAAGUAG